CGCUUUCUCUGUGGGUGACAGCAGUUCACAAACGUCAUCAAUUUUGCAGUGAAGAAAAAGUGCAAGAGCCUAAAAUUUUACUCAAGUUAUUUCAAUAUUCAAACAAAUUUAGUUUCUAAUUGCAAAAACAAUUGUGAUGAGUGUAAUAAAACGUAUCUUUAUCUAAUGCUAAGGAACACCCGCGUGUUGAAGUAAUACUGCAAUUUUCCUCACAUUCUGCUUUGAUUCCGCACCUUCAAACGCCCCCAAACAGAUUACGAUUGUUAAAACCUUAUUUGUGUCUUUGACCAUACGCCAAAGCGCUGUGAAUGAUAUCUUCCGCCUCACCUGUUGGCCUGUUCGGAAGCGUUUACCACAACCGUAACAGCAAUAGUGUCAUCAAUAUGCAGCAACAAUCCAGCGCCUCCGGCAGCAGCCCUUUCGCCACCUACUCGUCCUCCUUGUCUAGUCCACAAAUGGGCUUGGAUGUCGAGUUUGGUGCUGAUCCGGCAAGUGGCGCAUUCUUUCAAAAUGAAGGACGCAAACAUGAUGACCUCAAACAAAUGUUAGACAGCAAUAAAGAUGGUCUCAAGCUAGAAGCUAUGAAACGUAUUAUAGGCAUGAUCGCACGUGGUCGGGAUGCAAGCGAUUUAUUUCCAGCUGUGGUGAAAAAUGUUGUUUCGAAGAAUAUUGAAGUGAAAAAAUUGGUGUACGUUUAUUUGGUACGCUAUGCAGAAGAGCAGCAAGACUUAGCACUGCUGUCUAUAUCGACAUUCCAACGUGCAUUGAAGGAUCCCAAUCAAUUGAUACGCGCAUCCGCUUUGCGUGUGCUAUCAUCCAUUCGUGUGAGCAUGAUUGUACCCAUUGUUAUGUUAGCCAUACGUGACAGUGCUAUGGACAUGAGUCCAUAUGUGCGUAAGACAGCAGCACAUGCUAUACCGAAAUUAUACUCGCUUGAUGCAGAGCAGAAAGACGAGCUGGUGACGGUGAUUGAGAAAUUACUAUCAGAUCGCACAACGCUUGUUGUGGGAUCGGCAGUGAUGGCAUUUGAUGAGGUUUGCCCGGAGCGUGUUGAUCUCAUACACAAAAAUUACCGCAAACUAUGCAAUUUACUUGUCGAUGUUGACGAAUGGGGUCAGGUGAUCAUUAUAAAUAUGCUAACCCGCUACGCUCGAACUCAAUUCGUUGAUCCCAAUGCUGACGAGCCCGUCGAAAGCGAGUUAAAAGAAAAACAAGAUGGCGCUACAGGUGAAAAUUUCUACGAAGAGUCUUCAACUGGUGACUCCUCCGAUGCCAGUGGUAAGGAAAAACAUAAGAAAAGUAAACGUAAGGCCAAGUCUGACACCACAAAAGAACGCACCUAUUCAUCAUCCUCAUCGUAUCAUGUGGACUUGGAUCAUCGUUUACUCUUGCGUCAAACAAAACCACUGUUACAGUCGCGCAACGCCUCAGUGGUCAUGGCUGUGGCUCAACUGUACCAUCAUGUGGCUCCGCGCAACGAAGUACAGCUAAUUGCCAAAGCGUUAAUACGUUUGCUGCGUUCGCAUAAGGAGGUGCAAAGCGUUGUGCUCACCUGUAUUGCCUCGAUGUCGACAAAGCGCAAAGGCAUUUUCGAACCACACAUCAAAUCAUUUUUUGUGCGUACCAGCGAUCCGACUCACAUUAAAUUGCUCAAAUUGGACAUACUGACCAAUUUGGCUUCGGCAUCGACUAUUGCGCUGAUUUUGCGCGAAUUCCAAACAUACAUUUCCAGCAGCGAUCGCUCAUUCGUGGCUGCCACAAUACAAGCCAUCGGACGCUGUGCAGCUUCCAUAAAGGAAGUAACAGAAACUUGCCUCAGUGGGUUGGUUCACUUGCUGUCCAAUCGCGAUGAACACGUCGUCGCGGAAAGUGUGGUCGUCAUCAAAAAUUUACUGCAGUCCAAAUCAGCCGAGCACUAUGAAAUCAUCUCACAGAUGGCAAAACUUAUUGACUACAUUACCAUACCGGCAGCGCGUGCUUCAAUAUUGUGGCUCAUUGGCGAAUAUAACGAGAAAGUGCCAAAGAUUGCGCCUGAUGUGCUGCGCAAAAUGGCAAAAACUUUUGUGGAUGAGGAGGAUGUUGUUAAGCUUCAAAUUCUUAAUCUCGGCGUGAAACUCUUUCUCACCAAUCCACAACAGACAUCGCUGCUCAGCCAGUACGUUUUCACUUUGGCUCGCUACGAUCCCAAUUACGAUGUGCGCGAUCGUGCGCGCUUCUUACGCCAGUUUAUUUUCCCAGCCAAUGGCAGAACUACUGUACUCGCGCAAAAUGCUCGCAAGAUCUUUCUCUCUUCGAAGCCUAAGCCCGCGCUCGAGAGUAAAUAUCGCGAGCGUGAUCACUUCCAGCUUGGCUCACUAUCUCAUUAUCUGAAUAUGCGCGCCACUGGUUAUAAAGAUUUGCCACCAUUUCCUACUGAGGCGCCUGAUGCUUCCGUGCGUAAUAUCGAAGGCUACAUGCAGGAGUCCAGCACUGCAAAUGCGGGCGCUGCAGGCGGGGCUGCAAGUGGUGCGGCCGCACGCACACCACAGAAACAAAGCAACAAAAAUGCGCAUACGCCCAAUGAUAAGAACUUCUUUUCAGAAUCCGAGAAGUCUUCCGCCUACUCAGAAUCUGGGUCAAGUAGCAGCUCUUCGUCCUCUUCAUCGAGUGAUGGUGAAUCCUCUGAAUCGGAAACGGACCAAGUAAAUGAUGCGGCUGCUUCCAAUGCGAAUCGGGAAUCAAUAGCAGACGAGCGCAAGUCGGUUACAACAACUGUGCUGGUAAAUGCGGCAGCUAGCAAUGGAAAUAAUAAUGUACACCUGAAUGUCAACAAUAAUGGCAACAAAGAUACUGGCACUUCCGAUAGCGAAUCUUCUUCGUAUGGCUCAUCUGAAAGUAGCACAGACAGCGGUUCAGACUCUGAAGAUGGUUCAGAAAGUUCCGAAUCGGAGACGGAAAGUGAGAAGCAACGCAAAUUUCAGCGUGUCAAAGAAAAGGCCAAGGAAGCGAAAGCUAAAGAGAAGGACAAUACUACGGUUGUGGACGCGACAGCGACAGCGACAGUUGCGCCAUCGAAAAUGAACUUGGAUCUGCUGUUAGACUUAGAUGAUAUACCGCCCGUCGGGCCAGUAAUGACACCGUCGCUUGGAGGAUUUCUAACACCUGCUACACCAUUAGGCGGUGCCGUUGGUCUGCUACCCGUCAACGCUGCCAACCGCAUUGAACUGGUCGGUCCCUCACACAUCGAAUUCAAGCAUCACGAAUUGCUUAAUAAACUCUCCGGGCAUGGCCUUCAAGUGAGUUAUCGUUUUACACGCGCACCACAUCUAUACUCCUCCGCCAUGGUUUCGAUCGAACUACAAUUUGUCAAUCUGUCCAACACCGAAAUAACCAAUAUUCAUCUCAGCCAGCAAACGCUGCCAACCGGUAUGAAUCUCAAUGAAUUUGCGCCCAUGCAAUGCUUGCAACCCCAACAGAUGAGCACUAGUGUGCUCGGCAUUGACUUUAAUGAUUCUACACAUGCCGUAGAACUGGAAAUCACUACAAGCGCUGGCAAGUCACGUGUCACACUCAAGCCACCGGUUGGUGAACUGGUGCGUUCAGUGCAAAUUACGGAGUCGUACUUCAACGAGGAGCGCACCAAGUUGCGCGGCAUGAAUGAACAUCAGAGUCGCUUACAGCUGCGACGUGAUGCAGUGGAUUUAGUCGCAUUGAAGCAGCGUAUUUUCGAAACUAUUAAUGUGGCACAUAUUGCAGGCAAUGAGGCAAACAAUAAUUUGCUUUAUUUUGUGGGGCAAACUAUGAAUUCAAGAAGUUUGGUGUUAAUUACUUUAGACUGGCAGGUAGCACAGGGCGAGCAAUUGGCUUUGAUAGUGAACUGUGAGAAAAUGGUGAUUGGCUCGAUGGUGUUGAAUGAAUUGCGGAAUGCGCUCAGUUUAGCUUUUCAAUGUUAGAAGCGGAAUGUAGAAAAGCAGACAGAGGAAAUACUAACUCGAAAACAUGUUUUUUAUUAUGUAUAUUUUAAGGAAAAGUUUAAUGGAACAAAUUUAUGAAAUCAAUUAUACGCAUUAAAGAAAAAAGUAUUGCUAACACAAAAAUUCUAUUUCGACUGCAUGACACAUUGAAUGAACUCCAAAUUAUCAACGAAAAUGCUUGGCAAAAUGCGAAAUUAAAAUUUAAGAACAAAUUAUGAAUAGCUAAAUUGCUUUUAGGAUAAAAAAGCGCGAAUUCAAAUUGUGCAAAUAGUAAAAAAAAAACUACGCUGUAAAAAACAAUGCUGCAUGAACUGCUCAAAAUAUUAAAAACUUCAACUAUUAAAUUAUGUUUUAUUUCUUUCAGUAAUGAAAAUUUUGAGCGAAUUAUAACGUAAACAAUUUAAUAAAACGAAAGGAAUUAUGAAAGCCAAGAAGUAGCUACUGAGCAGUAUCAGAAUUGUAGCACGCGUAAGAAAGAUUCAUCACGUGAUUGAAGGAGCAACUAUUUCAGCAAAAUACAUUAUUACAUAUUUUUCUAACUUUUAAUGUGUUUGUUCAGUGCUGCUUGUGGGUAAAAUGUACGAGAUAUGCAGCUAAAUAAAUCAAAUAAAAAGAAAAAAAUUAUAAGUAAAAA